GAGCCCCCUCGUUCAUUUGAGCACUAGACAGCGACCAUCCCGAUUGCGAGGUGGUGUCUUGGAUAUCGGCGGUCUAACCAUGCAAAGCGAGCAAGAGGAGCGACGAUGCUGCGAGAAACGACGCGACUUCCUGCCUUGUGUGCUAGCCGUCGUUGCUGGGUGAUAUAUUACAAAUACCGAAUGUAGUAUUGCGCGCGUGGAGCAUCAGCAUCAGCAUCAUCAGGAGCAUCUUGUAGAUAAUUACUCAAACAAAAAGAAAAAGCAGGUCUACUGUACUGUGGGACCCCUUGGAGAAAGGGAGGGGUGUGAGUACACCCUUAGAGGAGAAAACAGACUGUCCCUUUGUUUACAUCAGGAUGGAUGUGAGGAUGCGGCGGUUCCGAGCAGUACAGAUUACACUCCUCAUAUGUAUAGUGAACGUCUUUCCGAAAAACGACGUGGCGCGCGCUGCAUCCCAGCGGUGUGAUGAGGUCCUAGCGAGUCCUCUCCCCUACAGCGCCUUCAGCAGCUCUUCUGUGUUUGCUCCUGAUUUUGGAGCUGGCUACGCUAAACUCAACCGCAGAGUUGGGAAUGGAGGCUGGUCUCCACUGGACUCUGACAGGUAUCGAUGGCUGCAGGUGGACCUCCGGGGCAGGAAACAGAUCUCAGCCAUCGCAACGCAGGGUCGAUACAGCAGCACUGACUGGACUAAACAGUACCGGCUGCUCUACAGUGACACAGCAACUAACUGGAAGCCUUAUAGGCAGGACGGCAACAUAUGGACGUUUUCAGGUAACUGGAACUCGGAGCGAGUGGUGCGUCAUGAGCUGCAGUACACCAUCGUGGCCCGAUAUCUGCGAUUUAUCCCAUUGGAAUGGAGCGCAGAAGGGCGAGUCGGGCUGAGGGUGGAGGUCUACGGAUGCGCGUACUGGGCCGACGUGAUCAGUUUCGACGGACAGGGGGUGAUCUCGUACCGUUUCCGACAGAAGAAGAUGAAGAUCCUGAAGGACGUUAUCUCGUUCAGGUUUAAGACCAGUAAAGGAGACGGGCUUUUGCUCCACGGAGAGGGACAGCAGGGCGAUUACCUCAGUCUGGAGCUGCGCCGAGCCAAACUGCUGCUACAGAUCAAUCUGGGUAGCAAUCAGUACGGCUCCAUCCAGGGUCACACCUCAGUGUCCAGCGGCAGCCUGCUGGAUGAUGACCACUGGCACGCCGUGCGGAUCGAGAGAUACCGCCGCAGCGUGAACUUCACCCUGGAUGAGCACACGCAGAGUUUCCGAACCAACGGCGAGUUUGACCAUCUGGACCUGGACUACGAGAUCAGCUUCGGAGGAAUGCCUGCAUCAGCCAAGCCCAGCUCGGGGGCUCCUCAGAACUUCGUGGGCUGCAUGGAGGACAUCCACUACAACGGCGACAACAUCACCAACCUGGCACGCAGGAAAAGAGUCGACACAUCCAGCUUUCGUAACCUGACGUACACGUGCGGAUCCUCGCCCACCUUCCCGGCCUUCUUUAACUCCAGCAGCACUCUGCAGCUGCCGGGCCACAUCGACGCCGACACCGUAGACGUGAGCCUGCAGUUCCGCACGUGGAGCCCCAGCGGCCUCCUGAUGUUCACUGCUCUGAUGCCCGGGGGAGUGGAGAUCAGCCUGGUGGAGGGCAAAGUGGUGGUGCACAUCUUCCUCUCCCAGGGAAAGAACACACGAGUAGACAUCUCCUCAGGUUCGGGUCUCAAUGACGGCCAGUGGCACAGCGUUCGGUUCCUGGCGCUGGAGAGCUUCGCGAUGCUCACCAUCAACGGUGACGAGACUUCGUCCGUCAGAACCACUCUCCCCAUCCAGAUCCGCGCCGUGGGAGAAUACUACUUUGGAGGCUAUUUUCCACGGACGGAUCUCUCACCGUCUCAGCGCUCCUUCCACGGCUGCAUGCAGCUCAUCCACGUGGACGAGAAGCUGGUGGACCUGCAUGCUGUAGAGCAGGGCAUGAUGGGAAGUUUUGAGAACGUCAGUCUGGACAUGUGUGCCAUCAUCGACAGGUGCGUCCCGAACCCCUGUGAGCACGGAGGCCGCUGUUCCCAGACCGCAGACGUGUUUAAAUGCUCCUGUGAUGGAACCGGAUACACCGGAGCGACCUGCCACACACCGGUCUACGAGCAAUCGUGCGAGGAGUACAAGCACCUGGGCCGACGCUCUGACUCCUACUGGAUCGAUCCGGAUGGGAGCGGACCUCUCGAACCCUUUAAAGUCAUCUGCAACAUAACGGGUGAUAAAGUGUGGAUGAUGCUGACUAAUGAUCUGCCAGUUGAGACCGCAGUGACCUCGGCGUCCGCUCCUGAACAGGGAACCGUACUGAAACUCGGUUACAACGUGUCUACAGAGCAGAUAAACACCAUCACCAGCAAUGCAGAGCACUGUGAGCAGUACGUAUCCUACAAGUGCCAAAGGUCACGCCUCCUUAACUCACCAGACGGACCCCCGUACACCUGGUGGGUUGGCCAUGGGAACGAGAAACACUUCUACUGGGGCGGCUCAGGGCCGGGGAUCCAGAAAUGCGCCUGCGGUAUCGAGCGCAACUGCACCGACUCGAACUUCUACUGUAACUGUGAUGCCGACCAGAGUCACUGGCGUGAGGACGCUGGUGUGCUGAUGUAUAAGGACCAUCUCCCUGUUACUCAAGUGGUUGUCGGAGACACGCGGCGUUCCAGAUCCGAAGCCAAACUUACCGUGGGACCUCUUCGUUGCCACGGAGACCGAAACUUCUGGAACGCCGCAUCUUUCAUCACCCCGGCAGCCUAUCUGCAUUUCCCCACAUUUCAAGGCGAGUCCAGCGCCGAUAUCAGCUUCUACUUCAAGACCUCAUCCUCACAUGGCAUCUUUCUGGAAAACCUGGGCAACACUGACUUCAUUCGCAUUGAGCUGAAAUCUGCUAACGUGGUCUCCUUCUCCUUUGACGUGGGCAACGGGCCGGUGGAGCUGAGCGUGCGUUCCCCGACACCGCUCAACAACAACCAGUGGCACAGGGUGGAGGCCGAACGCAAUGUGAAGGAAGCCAUGCUGCGAUUGGACAAAGUGUACAGAGACGUGCGCCAGGCUCCACCCCAUGGCCACACCCGUCUCCAGCUCUUCAGUCAACUCUUCAUUGGUGCCUCCGGAGGGCAGAGGGGGUUUCUGGGAUGCAUCCGUUCACUCAGGAUGAACGGAGUGACUCUUGACCUAGAAGAGAGAGCCAAGGUGACUCCAGGAGUGAAGCCCGGCUGCUCGGGUCACUGCCCCAGCUACGGUACACGCUGCCAAAACGGGGGCAAGUGUGUGGAGAAGUAUAACGGCUACACGUGCGACUGCAGCCUCACGGCCUUCGACGGACCCUUCUGCUCUGACGAUGUGGGCGGGUACUUUGAGAGCGGCACGCUGGUCCGCUACGAUUUCAUGUCUGGCAGCAUCACGUCUCCUGUGGCGAAGGGCGCUUUAGGGGCUCUGAGUGUGGAGGGAAACCUGACACAGGAGGAGCUCAGCUUCAGCUUCAGCACCACUCAAGCUCCCUCCGUCCUCGCCUACAUCAGCUCCAGGACUCAGGACUACCUGGCAGUCGUCCUACGCCACAACGGUACGCUGCAGAUCCGCUACAACCUGGGCGGCCUCAAGGAGCCUUUCGUCAUCAGCUUGGAUCAGCGCAACAUGGCCAACGGUCAGCCUCACAGCGUCAACAUCAGCCGACAUGAGCGACUCAUUCAUCUGCAGUUAGAUCAUUACCCCACCAUGAGCUACUCCCUCCCUGGGGCAUCUGACACCGAGUUCAACCUGAUCAAGACCAUUUUCCUCGGAAAAGUUUUCGAAACGGGUCAGGUGGACAGCGUGCUGAUCGAGAGGUAUAACACUCCAGGCUUCGUCGGCUGUCUCUCCAGGGUGCAGUUCAACCGUAUUGCUCCUCUGAAAGCGGCGCUCAGACCGAACGCUCCGUCCACCGCCUCCGUCCAGGGCGUGUUGGUUGAGUCCAACUGCGGCGCUUUACCUCUCACCAUCCCCGCCAUGUCGGUGACCUUCGACCCCUGGCAGCCACACUCAGCCGGAAUCCAGUUCCCAUUCGAUGAGGAGGGAGUGAACGGGGAUGAAGUAAACCGCCACUCAGCGAUAAUCGGAGGCAUCAUUGCAGUCGUGAUCUUCUCCAUCCUCUGCACGCUGGUGUUCCUGGUGCGCCACAUGUUCCACCACAAGGGCUCGUACCACACCAACGAAGCCAAGGGGGCGGAGUCUGCGGACUGCGCCGAUGCCGCCAUCAUCGUCAACGACCCCGCCUUCACAGAAACCAUUGAUGAGAGCAAGAAGGAGUGGUUUAUUUAAGCUCCUGCUGCAUGAGGAGAGAAGGAGGAGGAAGGGCGGAGUUACAGUGCAUACACCGACACAGAGACACGUCACGUGACCAACAUUAACUGUGUGUGUGUGUGUGUGUGUGUGAGUGUGAGUGUGUGAGUGUGUGUUGCAUCGUACGUACAGACGGACAAACCCAGGUGUGUCCAGGAUUGAAGCUGUGUAUAUCAGAACUUCAUCCUGUUCACGUCGUCUUGCUUUCCAUGGACUGACGCAUGGAAGCUACCGGAAGCAUCCAUCAGAACGGUGGAUGAACUUCUUCUGACUGCCUUCUUCACUGACCCCAAGAGCACAACAGAGACUUGCGUUAAACACAAUGACGUGUGAUUGUACGUGGGUUUGUGUCCAGCGGUCCGGCGUAGGAGCAUGGGUCAUGAUGUUCCUCACUGCUGCACUGCGUCCUUUAUGUUCUUCCUGUUUUAUGUGUCCUGUAGCUGUGUUCAUCCCUGCUCUGUGUGUGUGUGUGUGUGUGUGUGUGUGUGUAUUUCCACACAUGGAAAAUCUAGGAAUCUUUCCUCCAGCCUCGUUAUUGCUCUGGGUUUUAAUACAGAAGGUUCGAAACAACUGUCAGAGAAACAGGAAGUGUCUCACUGCGUUUAAUUAUUCAUUUAACACCAAGCGACUGACCGGCUUCCGUUCUGCUGACCAUCCUGAGGGAUUUAACUCCAAACUUUAAAUGCUUAAACGAACAAAUCCACCGUUCUUCAUUUUACAGUGUUUGUCCGAUUGGUUGAUUUUGUUUGGUUGUUUGUGUGGCUGAAAAUAUACGAAAGCAAAAUGGCGAAAAAGCACAGAGAA